AUGAAGACUUUGUUCUUGGAGCGUUACUUUCAAGCAUCUAAGGUUGGAAGCAUAAGGAAUGAAAUUUGUGGGUUUUUACCAUUGGGUAGGAGUAUGAUUGAUGCAACAAGUGGGGGAGCUCUGCUGGACAAGACUCCUAUUGCAGCUAGGAGUUUGAUUUCUAAUAUGGCUACUAAAUCCCAACAGUUUGGUGUUUGUCAUGAGGUCUCAGAUAAAGGAGUAAAUGAGACAAACUCUAAAGUAUACCAGGUGGAAGGAUCAUCAUAUCUUCGAUAUGGGAAUCAACAACAAAUCGCACUUACCAGACCACCAGGGUUUAAUUACCAACAAAGGCCUCAACAAGCCUAUGCAACCCAUCCUCAACAACCUCAUACAAGAAUCCCACAAGACCAGGAACCAUCAAUGUCAGAUAUGCUAAAAACCUUGGUGGCUUCAAAUAUACAAACCCAAGUUAUUCUUCAGAGUACUCAAGCUUCCCUCAAGAAUUUGGAGAGUACUAUGGGUCAAAUUGCUACUUCAUUGAGCCAAAGUAAGCCACAAAAUCAAGGAAAGUUACAUUCACAACCUGUUAGGAAUCCAAGGGAGAGCGCUAAUGCAAUCACAUUAAGAAGUGGCAAGACUUAUGAUCCACCUACUAUUCCAUCAACUUUAAACAAUGUGCCACUGCCUCCUAAUCAACCCUCCCAACAAGACAAGGAUGAAACACCAACCAUAACACCCAAUCCUAAACCAACUAUUCCCACCUAUGUCACCACUCCUCUAUUUCCUAGUCGUUUGAGAAAGACAAAGAAAGAUGAAGCUGAAAAGGAGAUACUAAAGACUUUUCGCAAGGUUGAGGUAAGCAUUCCCUUACUUGAUGCCAUUAAACAAGUACCUCAUUGCACAAAGUUUUUAAAGGAGUUAUGCACCAAUAAGAGGAAGCUCAAAAGGAAAUGA